AUGAGAAACGGCAUUUACUCCAAACGACAACAUUUUGAUAAUUUAAGUUAUGUAUCGGAUGGUCGUGAUCGUAUUUCAUAUAUCAGUGAUCCAUAUGCAGCUUCAUCGCGUGAUGCUGUUGUCGAUGGUAAUGAAUUCGUUUUACAACCAAAUAAAUUAGAAAAACCUAGGCGUAAAAAUGAUAUUAUUUAUACAUUUCAACCCGGUCGAGAUAGUAUAUAUGCUUAUAACAAUGCAGCAUUUAGUGACAUUAGUGGUGCCAAUUCACAUGGACUUUCGACUCGAUCAUUGAAUUCAAAUUUAUAUGCUUCUCGAAAGUCAUUUGAAAAAACUAAUCAUAAUCGAAAAGUAUUUAGAAUAUGUUCGAAAUAUUGGUAUAUAUUUGGACUUCUAAUACUUAUUAUUCUUGCUAUUAUUGGUGUUGCUAUUGGUUUUGCUGUAUUUCAUUCGAAACAUAAACUAACGAAAUGUUCUUUAUCAUGUGAUCCAAGCGAAGAACUUGUUCAAUUAAAUUCAACACAUUGUGAAUGUAAAUUUAUUAAUGAAUGUGAAUUUGAACCACCUGUAUGUGGACGAUUUCCUUGCAUUAAAUUUAAUGGAACAGGCUAUGAAUGUAAUUGUACAACAGGCUUUCAACAUUCACCUAUUAAUAAUAAUUUAACACAUUGUGAAGAUAUUAAUGAAUGUAAAAAUUCAAAAACAUGUGGAGAACAUCAAAGAUGCAAUAAUACUAUUGGAAGUUAUAUAUGCUUUUGUGAAAACGGCUAUGAAACAAUUACAUCAACUAAUGGAAUCAUAUGUCAAGAUAAAAAUGAAUGUAUCGAUGAUCAUAUAUGUUCAAAUGGGUAUUGCAUUAAUACAAAUGGUAGUUUUGAAUGUAUUUGCAAUCCGGGUUUUAGACACGAUGUAUUCAAUUCAUUACAUUGUGAAGACAUCAACGAAUGUUUGUCAUCACAUAAUUGUACUGGUGAUAAUGAAAUAUGUGAAAAUACACAUGGUUCAUUUCGAUGUGUUUGUGCUCAUGGCUAUCGACGAAAUGAACAUGGCAUUUGCAUAAAUAUUAAUGAAUGUGCUGAAUCCAAUAUAACUUGUGAUAUUAAUUCACGAUGUGAAGAUCGGAAUGGAUCAUUUGCAUGUUGCAUGAAUAUGAUAAGAAAUGAAUGUAUUGAAUGUGGUUUUGAUUAUGCAAGUUCUAGAUCAGCCGUUGUUAAUCAUGUUCGACGAACCCGGAUGAUUGAUGGACAAUCGGUUGAAGCAGGACGUUUUCCAUGGAUUGCUGUUUUGUUAAUCAAAUCGGAUUAUUACAAUAGUGAACCACGUUAUGUUUGUUCAGCUUCUCUUAUUUCUAGUUGGAAUAUUAUUACUGCUGCACAUUGUCUUGAUGAACAACAUUUUCGAAAACAAUGGGAUUUAACAAGUGAACCAAGUUCAUUUAAAGAUAUAUUUGAUAUUCGUAUUGGUGUACAUAAUCUUAGUUUGAACAGUACUGAUUUUAUUCAAAGUCAAUCUUAUUCAAUUGCCAAUUUUACUUUACAUUCAGGAUAUCAAUCUUUGGGUUCAGAAGAUGCUACUGUAAAAAAUGAUGUUGCAUUAAUUAAAUUAACUAAACGUAUAGAACGUUCAUCAAAUAUUGAUUGGAUUUGUUUACCAACAAGUGUUAAUAUUCAAGAUCAAAAUACAUUAAAAGUAGUUUCAUAUAGUAAUACUGAUGAUAAUUUCAUUCAACAACAAUUAGAUAUUCGUGUACUUAAUAAUCAAGAAAGUAAAAGUGAAUGUCAAAGACAAUUAGGUGAUAUCGCUGAAGAUGCUUUCUGUGCGAUUAGUACAAACAAUUCAAGUUUAUUAGGCAUGGGUGAUUCUGGAGCAGGUGCUAUGUUAUUUAGUAACGAUCAUCGUUGGCAUCUUGCAGGUGUUAUGUCCAAAACAGGCCUUCAAAAAGCAUAUUCAGCCAUGACUAAUGUAUCAAUGCAUAUUGAAUGGCUGAAAUCUCUUGUGGAACGAUAG